AUGUUGAGAAAUUCGAAGAAGCGAAAGGUGAAAUUGAGAAAAUCGAAGAAGCAAAAGGUAACAGAGGAAGAAGCACCAAUCAAUAAGUUGCCAAAUGCAGUCCUCGUUAAAAUUCUCUCACUUCUGCCAACAGAGGAAGCAUUCAGAACUUGUGUUAUCUCUAAAAAGUGGCAAACUCUCUCAACUUUAAUUUAUAGCUUCAAUUUCAAUUGUUCAGAAUACCGGGAAAGAGAAGAUUUAUCCUUUAUUCAUAAUGCAUUAGAACAUUCCCGCUCUUCCAAAAUCGAAAAGUUUGAACUCGACUUAACUGAAUGCAUGGACUUGUGUCAAUUAGACUACAAUUUGAAGUUUGAUUUUGAUUUCCUAGUCAAUCGUUGUUGUAGAUUUGCUGUUAAGAGAAAUGUGGAAAAUCUUGUAUUGGGUUUAUAUAGUCCUGAAGAGUGCCCAUUGCCUGAAUCUCUCUACACCUAUUUAUGUAGCCGAGUCACGAGGGCUUCUUCUUCUAUUCCUUUCCCGGAAGAUAAAGGGAACUUAGCCUCUGACAAAGUAGUAGCUGACAUACGAAUAGCUGGCAAAGGAAGAGCUUCCGCUAAGAUUCUGACUUAUUUGGAAACUAGAUUUGCUGCCCCUAAUCCAGGCAGUUAG